UCUCAUCUUUAGCUGUACGGAGUGUUUGAUCGAUCGGAAGCUUUGAGACGAGUAACGUUUAUUCCUCGGUUUCAGGAUUUCUUGGCUGGUUUUGUGAGUCCCCCCCCCGUAGAGCCUGCUGUUGACCGUGAGGAGUUUGCUUCGCGUGAAAUUAUUCCCGGCGCCAGAUUUAUUAUCGAGCCCGACUGCACAAAGUUGAUAGGCAAGCUAGCUAGCUAGCCACCUAGCUAACUCUUAGCUAGCUCACUCGCUAACUAGCUUGCAGUGCUGGUCGGAGCAGGAACCCAUUUUCGCAGACAGUUUUUUGGGGGGCGUCUUUUUUUGGCAUUGCACUGCAACUGGUCGUGGCGUUACCCCUCGAAAUCCGAAGACUAUUUGCGGUGAGGUUUAGAGCGGUAAGCCGGUUGCUUCCUAGCUAGCGUGCUCGAUAUAGCCUGCUAGCUUAAUACCCUGCGUAUUUAGCCUAUUCAAGGCCGCAGUCCAGCACCACCAUCAGCUGCCACUACCAACAUAGUAUUUGCAUUGCCGUGCAGUGAGAGUUGACAGCUUACUUGGUGACACAGAGACUUCUCCCUGAGGAGCCAAGAAGCAGACGGCUCAUGACUUCUGACCAGGACACGAAAGUUGUAGCUGAACCACAGGUGCAGCAAGUACAAGAGGCAAAAGAGAACUCUCAUUUGGAAUCCGCCAAGGUUUCAGACCUCAACCCCAAUGCGAAAGCAUGGGCCAACCACAUGUUUAGCCUGGACCCCAGCGGGAGUGCCGACACCACAACUGCUGCCCUGCAGCCAUGGAAGGAAGCCUGCGAUAGUUCGGCCGACCCCGGCCCAGAAGGCUAUGAAACCAGUGAAGACAAGGCUUUCAAGGAGCCCCUACUAACCGACCCAGAUGAGCCUCCACCGGUGCCAGUGAUGCUGGCCGAGCCGGCCCCCGUGGCACCCGUGGCCCCCGUCACCCUGGAGUGCUCCGAGCCAGCGUACACGGAAUACCCCGAGCCUGGGCAACCAGGGCGCACAGCAGGCAGCGAGCCCCAGCAAGAGAGUCCCCAGGAGGGCUUGAGGGAGCACCUGAAGAAGACCCUGGAGUUCUGUCUUUCCAGGGAGAAUCUGGCCAGUGACAUGUACCUCAUCUCCCAGAUGGACAGCGACCAAUACGUGCCAAUUGUGACGGUGGCCAACCUGGACCACGUGAAGAAGCUCAGCACCGACGUGGAGCUGAUCGUGGACAUUUUGCGAUCUCUGCCAUUGGUCCAAGUGGAUGAGAAGGGGGAGAAGGUGCGACCCAAUCAGAACCGCUGCAUCGUGAUCCUCAGAGAGGUUCCUGAGAGCACGCCUGUAGAGGAGGUCGAGGCUCUUUUUAAAGGGGACAACUUACCCAAGUUCAUCAACUGUGAAUUUGCCUACAACGACAACUGGUUCAUUACCUUUGAAUCAGAAGCAGAUGCACAGCAGGCAUAUCAGUAUCUCCGUGAGGAGGUGAAGACCUUCCAAGGGAAACCUAUAAAGGCGAGGAUAAAGGCGAAGGCAAUCGCUAUCAACACUUUCAUGCCAAAGAACGGUUACCGGCCGGUGGAGGUGAACCCGUACGCCCAGCAGCGCUACACGUCUUACUACAUCCCGCCGGUUUACAGCCCCCAGCAGCAGUUCCCCUUAUACAGCCUCAUCACGCCGCAGGCCUGGUCCGCCACACACAGCUUCAUCGACCCCACGCUGGUCGCACCAUUUCACAACAACCAGUUCAUCAAUGGAUUCACCACAUCGCACAGUUUCAAACCAACGACGUCCCCGCUCACCGUCAGACACUACUCGCCCAGGAACAGGAAUCACAGUAAACCUCACUUGAGGCCGACCCUCCCCACAGCGGACCGCAGCGCCGGGCUUCUGGACAACCCGGGUCUCUUUCCCAGCUUCCCCAGCGAGCGGCUCAACGGGGUUCGCAGCAGUCCGCCGACACGACUCCCCACCAGCCAGCCCAGAACCAGGUUACCCUCCACCGCGGCCUUCCCCCGCAGGGACACCGUGGGCACGGGGCGAGUGACCGAGCCCACGACCCCGGACUACUCCCUGGGUAUCGGCCGAGGAAGGAAAAAUGUUUCUACUUCUAGGAAAAAGAGGGACGAAAAGUUUACAAGAGUGACGCCUCAGUCGCCGCCUCCUCCUCCCAAACCUCCGUCUCCGAGCUUCGAGCUGGGUCUCUCCAGCUUCCCCCCCCUGCCCGGAGCAGCCGGCCAGCUCAAGACCGACGACGUGUUCGACAACCGGCUGGCCAGCAGCGUAGUUGUCGGAAACGCCAAGGAACGGAAUGUAAGCGCUGAUUCCAGUACUGGAGUGCUCUCUCCAGCGGGCCCCAAAGAGCCGCUUCGGUCCUCCACCUCCCCGAUGCCCUCAAGCUUCCAGCCCUCGCCGACCACCCAGACCCCAGCCUCCGCCCCGACCCUGAGCCCCGCCGCCGGCCCGCCACACAGUCCUGCUCCCUCCCUCCCAGCAGCGGAGGUGAAGGUGACGGAGGUGAAGCCGAAGGAGGUGCAGUUGUCCGUGGAGCGAGUUCCCGGCACUCUGUCCACUGCGAGCAAAUCAGUGCAAGUCAACGGUGCUGCCACAGAGCUGAGGAAGCCGUCCUACGCUGAGAUCUGCCAGCGGGUGAAGGACUCCCCGACAUUACAGCAGCCACCGACCCCCAAGGAAGCCAAGCCAGCCUGCGCUGCUCCCGCAGGCGAGGAGAGGAAGUGCCCCGACGCCGCCGCCCCUGCAGGGGAGGCCAAGGCCAGAGAGACAUACCCCCCCUCCUCCAAACCCGGCUCUGCGGCCGUCACCCCGGGCAGACCCCCGAGGGACGCCCGAAGGCCGGCCGGGCGGUGGGCCUCCCCGCCCCCACACUCUGGGAAAAACCCCAGCAAAGAUCCUCACCACACCCCGCCCAAGUCUCCGCAGUAGGCUGAUUCCCUGCCCCGCCACCGAGUCCUCCACCCCCCCACUACGCUCCACAGAUGCGUUUAAGAAAAAAAAAAGGAAAUAUAAGUCAGGGCUACUCAAUACUUAUAUCCCAGAAUCACCCGUCAGACGAGGAGGCGCUUCUCUUCUGGAUCAGGGCUUGCAGACAAAAAGCACUUUACUGUGCAUGUAGAGCACCGUUUCUUUUUAUUCUAUUUAUUUGCUUUUCUUUUUAUUUCUGUUUUAUUUCUCCUUUUCUCUUUUUGCAUUCCGUAGUUUUGUGUCGGCUCCUCUGUCGGCACAGACCAAACUGAAAUUUAUUCAUUCUGUCCAAAUGGCCUUGUGGGAUUAAAUUAGUGUUGUUGGAAGCUUCCCCAGUGGACGAUGGGAGAGCGUGCGUACAGCAGACUCCACCUUGUUUGGCUCAUAGUGAGGAGUUUGUUUGCAUGUCAAGUGGCACUGAUGUGCGACUUUAUGUAGCUUAAAUAUGGGUCACAAUUUUAUUACAUAUUCACAUCCAUAUGCAAGACUUAACAUCUGAAUCUCACAGCAAGACGCAGAUCUUUUUGGUGUUCAUCGUCUCCAACGGGAUUAUAAUUUCUCUACACUAGAUGUUUGUUGUCUCAGCUUCGUCGGUACAGUACCUCCUGGUGUUCGUCGCUGGGUAUCUUCUCAGCGAUUUCUUCCUCUGAUCAUUUUCUCUGUAAAGAAUCGGCUCCAUCUGCUGUGUUGUUGUUUUUACUGUUUGCUAACACUGCUAACUAGCUAGCUGUAUUGCAUAGCUUGUAUCUUAACGGCCGUGAUGUGAUAUCAGUGUUUUUGUUUAUUUUAGCGUCAGACAAGAAGGGCAUGUGGAUAUCUGCAACCAAAACUGUUGCUUGAAUAUAAAUUAGGCACCGGGGCAGUUGGCGGAAAUGUGUCCUUUGAAAAUGUUAACGUGGGGGGAAGGUGUUUUUGUUUAGUGUGUGUGUGUGUGUGUGUGUGUGUGUGUGUGUGUGUGUGUGUGUGUGUGUGUGUGUGUGUGUGUGUGUGUGUGUGUGUGUGUGUGUGACAUUUAAUGAGUCGGGGGAAGCUACAUUUUCUCGGCAUUGCAAUUUUGGGAAGAAGCAGAGUAAGGUUUUACAGCUCGUUUCCUAUUAAAAACUGUGGAAUAAAACUAUCAGCGGGCACGAACUGUCAGAGGAAGAGGCAGAGCGUGUUAUAGGCUGACACGUUUAAAGUCCAGCUGUGAAGAUGAUACAGCUGCUUCGCGACUGAAGCGGUGCGGUUCACUCUCGAGGCGAGAAAACUGGUGAGCUGCGACUAGGACGGAGGAAAUGAACACACGCUUGUUCUUCGGAGUAUCUGACGGAAAGUGUUCGAGUUCAGAGGUGGAUGUUUUCUUGUUCUUCUAGAUAUGGUGCUAGACGUCGACUCCUGGAACCUGUUACAAACAGCUCAUCUGAUAUUGUAUGUACAAAAUACUUGAUUUUUAUCGACAGAACUUUAUUUGCACUGUUCUCAGACUCGCAGGCAAAUGCAUUAUUAGAUUACCCUAACUGAAGCGGGGAGACAAAGGGAAUUGAUCCUGAAAGUCGAGGGAAGAGAGAAAGAAGCAAACGAACCCUUCAACACCAUCUCUGUGGACACAAUCGCUGAAGCCUUUUUUGUUUUUGCUGUUGUGCCUUGUGGAUGCCUGUUGAACACACUGUGGUGAAGGACGGGCGUUAGUGCAGCGUCACACGACUUUACAGAUUUAGCUAGCGUGUUGUGUUUUUGAAGGCUCGUUACGGAUGCUAAUAUUGAUUUUUGUUUUUGUUCAGUUGUUGCUGACGGAGUUGGUGCUCCUAUAGGCAUGCAGUGGUUUGGAUCUUGGCCUCUGGUUCUGUAUCGAUGAGGACUUUCAUUGAAAGAGUGCUUGUAAAAUAUGGAAAGUGAGACGGUUGAGUAGAGCUAGAAUGUUUUACUGAAACAAACCGACGAAGGUAAAUUGUGUGUGGGGUUUAUUUGGAAUGUAGUUUGACAUGUUGGAGCGUGAAAGGGAUUCAGUUGGGAGUCCCGUUGGGGCUCAUGUGAGCGCCGUUGAACCAAACAUCCUUUAAAAAUUAAAGCGUUUAACAAACGCAGAAAAGAGCGGGUGGGUUUACAGCAGGAAUGCUAUCAGGGAAAUCUGAAACAGUCGUGUACAAUUCCUCCCCGGGGUGGAGAUGUUCCCCCGUCUUCCUCAGCGUCGAGUCUUUACCACUCGGGUUGUUUCACUUCUCUGUCCGCAUGCUCCCUCGUUGGUUUUCUUCUCGUUCAAGUUUGCUCACUUUGAUUUAUCCUGAGUUGCUCCCAAAAUAAGAUUGCCUUCUUACUGCUUCACUCUCCGUGCUGUCGGGAUGAAUUGCACCUGACGGGAGUUAAAUCCAAAGCACAGAGUGUAACUCGCUGUGAGGACGCCAACACGAGCAACCACACAGAUUCAGGCUCCGUGGGACUUCAUCAAGCGGCAUUUCACACUAUUUGUGGACAAGCUGCUGGAACGUUUUCAUCCCUUCGUCAGAGUGAAGUGGCAAGAAUUCAGAAGCGGGGGGAAACUUGUGUUGAGCUUGGGUUGGGAGGUCUGUCUCCUGUAGCAGCCACUUUGGCAGGUAACCAACCAAGUCUUUGAUGUUUUACUGUAUUCUAAAAAAUGUGAUUGGCCGGCGAAAUGGUAAAAAAAAGAUUGAUAUAGAUGUUUUGAGAUGACAGCCGAAUGAUAAAACUUUAAUUAUGAAACGUCAGAAGUAAGUUUUUUUUUUUUUGGGAGGGGGGGGGGGGGGGCGUGACAGUAAAGUGAGUUUCCCUCCCUGAUCAUCGGUCGAGUGCUCGGGUUUAAUCUCUUUUAAAAGUUGUCACCUCAGAUGCAAAACACCCAUAAAAACCACUGUACUAUACACUCUCUACACGGCGUGGGACCUCGCAUGUCUCACAAAAGUCUUCCUGCAACAAGAAGCAUUCUGGGUAAUCCCACUAAAAGAAAAAGCGCCCACCUGGAGAGGGCUUCGUUUAAAAUAAGCCUGUACUCCUGCUCAUAGCUGCUUUUGAUUUGGACGCACAUUUCUUGAGUUUGCUAAAACAAUAUUUAGUUUUUGUUUUUGGACUGAGAUGCACUUGGAUGGGUCGAUUUUUAUUUAAUUUUUUCUCAUCAGUGGAAAUGGUAAAACAAAUGAAAAUGCACCAUCUCCACUUAUUUAUAAACCAAUGCUGUUUAUUCCAUGAGAAAUAUCGUUAAGUUUUCUUUAUAGGGAGAAGAAAAUAAAUAGAGAUGCAUUGAGAUCUCUACGUAUACGUACAAGUCCAUCCAGUGUUUGAGAAACUUGAAUUUUAUUUAAACUUGAAAAAUGACUUUGCCUUAACUUUUAUACAAGACAAGCAUAGAGUUUAUUUCUUUUCACACAAAAUAUCCCCAAAAUGUUAACGAAACGUGGAAAACAUUUAGUCGUACCAGACGUCACAGAUCUCACUGAGAGAGAGGAAGUUCAAGUCGAGCAGCAGUUUCUUUCUUUCCUUUUUCUUUUUGUAAAAUGUACGAAAAAUAAUCGUUUUCUUUGUUUCUUGUAGUUUCAGGUUGGUUUUUUUUGGGGGGGGGGGGAAACAUAAAUCUUGUAAAUGCAAAACUAGUCAAUACUGUAUUAAAUUUGUGCACUUUGAAGUGUGUGCUUUGCUUGUACAGUUGUAAAUACUCAGAAAAAUAUAAGAGGUACCUUAAAAUGAUUAUAAAAAUAUAUUGAUCUUGUUGAACUAUUAAUGUCGCUAUCGAGCUGGAUGUAGGAUAUAAAAAAAAAACUUAAUGUUGUGCUUCUGAAAAUAUAUUUUUCUUUAACGUUUUUCAUUUUUAGUUUGGGUGUGCGGAGUUUGAAUUCUGCUCCUCUCUGCAGGGCGGGCAGCUUGUCUGAUUGUACAUUUUGUUUUGUUGUCUUUCAUUCCAUUUUUCGUACCUGUGUGGUCGGUUGCACCUGGGUGUACAGGUGUGUCCUUAUCCUCUUCCCCCCCCCCCCCCCCCCCCCCCUCACUGUGCACUAAUUGGAGAGAGCCUGUGGUACCAACGAGCAUCUUAUUAAUGAACAUUACAAAGCUGCGUGUCCACCAACAUCCUCUUUAAAGCUCUGGCUUUAUUUUUCAUUUAUUUUUUACGCUGCAAAACAAUAUUUCAGAUAUAUUUCGCUUUUUUUUUUACUCACCAGAAUCUAGACGUUUAAAUACCGAAGAAAGAAAAGAUAAAAGCACUACAUGUCCGGUUUGUGCAGCCACUAAUGCAAGGUGACUUUAAAUCCUCCUGUUAUAAUACAAAAUGAAUAGAUGUAACGUAAAAGCUACAGUAAAAAGUAUUAAUGUUCUCCAGCAGAAUCGUAGAAAGUAUCUUCAUGUAGACCAUGACACUAAUACUGAACAUCGAUGUACCAUGAUGAUUGACAUGCUCAUACAUAUGCAACUCCACCGUAUAUAAUCAAACUGCGUCCGCACGAGGUGGCAGCAUGACUUAAUACAACAGAGCGCUGGAGUUCUGCCUCGGUUUAAACUUUAUUUGUGCGUUUCUGUCCAUAUUCGAAGAUUAAUGAGAUGUUUCUUUACUUACGUUUGUCUUUGAAGAAGUAGAUAAAAAUCUGGGGAAAUAAAAUAAUAAUAAUUUUCUCUGGGAGACGAGAAGAUCGACAACACUCGUGGAGCUGGAGUCAGGAUGGGGUUAGCUUAGCUUAGCACAAAGACAGGAAACAGGGAGCAGUUAGCAUUUCACCUCAGUGAUUUAAACUCUUUAAGUUAAUACGUACACAAACAAAUGUAAACUACAAACUACAAGGAAAUCGUUCCAGAACGUAACUCGCUAAUAUCCCAAAUAGUCGUGUUUUUUUUUACUUUGCCGUCAGUUAAUUAUUUUUAGCAAGAGAAGUGUUCAUCUAUGAUCGAGAGAUGCUGGUGAGCUUUUUUUAUUUUAUUUUAUUUAAUCUUUGGACGGAGCCAGGUUAGCUGCUUCUGGUGUUUAUGCUAAGCUAGGCUAACCACAUCCUGACUCUGUGCUGCACAUACAAUUAUAAAACAUAAUCAGUCUUCUCAUUUAACCCUUAAGUAGAUUAGCAAAUUCACUUAUUGUUGAACACUUUAAAGAGAAAAUGCUAAUUCUGUUAGCAUACGACAGCUCGCGUGAAAAGUGCUGAAUAUUAUAUCUGAAUUUGAAAUUUCUUUAUUUUCUAAUUUUAACUAAAGAAGUCAGUUGUUAAAUGUUAAAUGUUUCCUAAACACAAGCAGAUAGUAAAACAAUUGGAAUAAAAUCAGACAUUUAACUUCUGGUACCGGCAUCUAUUGCUAAGACUCAUGGGAGAUGUAGUUGUUGUGUGUUGGGGCGUUCACUUGUCGAGGUCUUUGAAGUGAGACGGGGAACUAUCGUCUGCUUCUCUUAGAAUAAGGACAGAAAAACUAUAGAAACUAGUUUUAGCUUUUUUCCGAGUGAUAAAAGAAACGAUUUCAAACGGAACACUUGGGGCAGAACUUUCUCUCUAUAUUCCCGCGACGCAUCGACGCACCGAUGUCUGUUUUGACUUCACGCUUCGCUGCGAGCUGCACCUCCUUUAGCCAUCUUUGUAAAAAACAAAAGAGCGAUGCCUGAUGGACACGUCCCAGUUUUGUCUUCAGACGCGUUGACGCCUGUGGACGAUAUCAAAACGAAGCACACUUCAAGCACAUUUCAGAACAUUCAGCUUGCACGGCACACGGCGCUCGAGGCGCGGGGGGGGGGGGGGGGGUUAUUGGGAGCUGCCUGCAAAGGUGACGACAUAUUUCCUUACGGGCUUGUGGAGUGUAAAUUUUGGUGACGCCAAGGGGUCUCGUUUCUUAAGACACUUUUUGGUGGAAUAAAGUGAAAUAGUCGUCGCAGCAGGUCGAGAUAAACGUUCCCGCCCGAGUGUCGCGUGGCGGCCGGACGACAUCCAGAAAGCUGUCGACCUGUAACGUCGUCUUUUUCCUUUCGAUUGAUCUGUUUUUGAGGUUUCUUGUUCAUGUUCCUCAGCUUUCAUGACUUCCUCUCCUGAGAAAUAAAUGUACAAAUGAUUUUUUCUAUUUUGUUUAUGGGGGGGGCGAGAAGCAGAGGCUCAACUGGAAUCACAGUUUUGUUUGUGUUCACGUGUUUCAGAGCGUCACACUUUCCUGGCACAUACAGUAACAAUGCGCAGAUUGAGAUGUCUGUUUGAAAACCAUUGGACCACAUGUGGACUGCAUUUUGAUGUGGCAAAGAAAACCAAUAACUGUGCCAUUAAACAACUUGUUUCUUUCUGUCUGGGCAGUUUCACGUGUACAUAGCUGAGCGCUUGCCAUCUCUGGCUUUUAGUUUUUAGUUUUUGUUUUUUUUAAGUUGUGAUUUUCUUGUUCCUGGAAAAAGUCCAUCAGACGUCUCACAUCUGGAGAACGCUACAACGUGACACCACUGACUGCAGGAGCGGAUUCCCCGUGCGUUGUGACUCUGCGGUCGAGGCGUGUUCGACCUCGAACUUUUGAGACGUAAAAAAAAAAAAACACAGACGCUGAUUUACAAAACUGGGCAUCCCUGAACUGUGCAUGUGUGGAAUAAAUAAAUGUACCACCCAGAAGUCCAGACGAUGCAAAGCUGUGCACCUCAGACUGGACGGAACCGCUUUCCAAAGGGAUCUCUUGUUGGUUUUUAAAGAUGGCCGCGAGUUCUGCACGCCUCUCCUGUAUCACCGGCAUUAACGCAACACAUGGCGGCGUUUCCAUGGAGCUCCUUUUCUCUCACGGACUUCUACACGGAGCCUCAUAUCAGCCUGUUGGUCGCCUCAGCGCUCAGUCUCCUCCCUUCCUGGACGCCCAUUUUUUGACAGUGCCAUUGUCUUGUUUUGUUUUACUCAAGGGUUGCAUCUUGUCGUAAAAAUGGACCCGUGUGUGUGUGUGUGUGUGUGUGUGUGUGUGUGUGUGUGUGUGUGUGUGUGUUUUCUUCUCAUAAUGACGAAUGCACACUGACUGGAACAAGACGCGGUCUCUUUAUCAACUCACUGUGGUUUAACUCAUUAACACUCUGCGACGCUCACGGCUGUGGACAAUCGAUGACUCCAUCCGGUUGGGGUUCGGACAGAUAAUUUUGCCUAACGACACCUUAAACAGAUGUGGAACCGACACCUUAAACAGAUGUGGAACCGACACCUUAAACAGAUGUGGAACCGACACCUUAAACAGAUGUGGAACCGACACCUUAAACAGAUGUGGAACGGAGGUUCAAGAGGGCUUCUUUCUUUUUAUUCUUUUGAAUUUCCUUUCUUUAUAUUGUUUUGGGUCUAUUCUUCCAUUGAGACUGGAAUCAAGCGUACAUGUCAGCUAUAGAUAAUUUAAGUUACUCUGUGUCAUGAUGUAAAACUGUCUAAUUUGGAGAAAAAAAUGUAGCUUACUGAAAAUAAAGAUUUAGGCACUGUUGAGGAGCCUGGCUUUUUGGCUUUUCUUUUUUAUAAGAUCUUUAAUUUUGUAAUUUUCAUAUUUGUUUCUCAUUUGACCAAUGAGAUGGACAACCUGAAGAUGCAUGUGGAAACUGCAACGCCGAUAGAAAACCUGGUAGAUGUAGAAUAUAUCCGUCACCCCUCAUCUCCUUUAAUCUCAUCCACGUGAAACUAACAACAUUAAAACACUUUGAAUUAGAGGUGUCACAAUAUCACACGGUACGACACGACACGAUAAAGAUAUUGUGAUAUCUGUAGAACAUUUUGAAAAAAUAAAAAUAAUGCUUUAAGUCAAA